AUGGCGUCAUUGCAACUCGUUAUCAUCCUAUAUUUAUCUUGCUGGUGUCAAGCUACUAAAUUACCAAAUCUUGUUGGUGAUACUAUUUUAACUCGCCUUGAAAGUCCCUAUGAUGCUGCCGGCGAUACAGUUAUUCCCUACGAUUCAACAGUUACAAUUGAAAGUGGAACAACAUUAAGAUUUCCACGUGGUUCUCAACUUACAGUUCGCGGACGACUAAUAGCAAAAGGUACACCUGAUCGACGAAUUAUAUUUACUAGUUCAACAAGUGCACUAUAUCAGCAUCAACAGCAGAGUCAUCCAAUUUCGGGUUCGAACAUUCGAUUUCGUCUCGUCGACGGUUCGAAUAUUCAAAAUGGUCUUUUACAAAUGUAUUUUAAAAAUCAAUGGCGUCAUGUUUGUUCAGAAUUCUAUCGAUGGUUUGAUUACGAUGCAACAUUAACAUGUCGAAUGAUGGGUUUUCGAAAUGGUAGUGUCAUACCAUAUCGCAUAAAUGGUAGUGAACCUCCGUGGUACGGUUUACAAAUUGAUCAUCCAGCAUGUCGACCGAAUAGGGAUGAACAUUUACUCGAUUGUCCUGGUGUACGUACACCACCUCGACUUGGCAUUCAUAUAUGUGAUGAUAAACAAUAUGUUCGUCUGCAAUGUGAUGGAUUUUUCGAUCCAUUGGUUGUUCUCAACUGGGGUGGAAUUGUAUUCGAAAGAAGAUUUCAAUCGAAUCACCUAUCCGAUAUUCCACAUCUGUCCGAUUCGGCAUCGCCAUUAUUCAAUAGUCUUCAUCAACAACCAUCUAUACUUCAUUAUGUAGAUAUUUUACAUGCUGGCUUAAGACCAGAACAAACAACACGAUUCUACGCUGAACGUCAAGCUGCUGUGACUGUUUUCGAUAAUUUAAUUAAUCCAAUCUUUGAUAAUAUUACAGUGCUUUAUUCUGCAUCGGAUGGAAUGAAUUUUUCUAAUGUUGGAAGCUCGGUUCGAUUACGAAAUUCAAUAUCAGCUUAUAAUCGAGGGCAUGGAAUUACUGUCACAAGUCGCUAUGGAAAUGUAACUCUCGAUAAUGUUUAUAUUCAUGAUAAUGGUGGUGAUGGUGUUAAUUAUGCAUUAAAUAACACAGAAUGGUCAGUUCGAGAACAAGAAGAGAGUCCGCAACGACUUUAUAAACCAUUCUGUGAAGCAGCUGAUACAGUCGAAUUUCCAAAUUAUUUUUCCUAUCGACCGCAGGGCGCUGGAACUUGUUGUACACAGACUUUUUCUUCGAUGUACAAUACACGUUUAACGCUUCAUUUUCAAUCAGUAUUUGUUAAUGACAAUCGAACACGUUUUCGUGUUGAAAUUUAUGAUGGAAAAUUUGAUGUUAUGCCAUUAUUAGCCAAUAUAACAUUUAAUCGAGGAAUAGAAAGUUUAUCAUCCUAUUCAAAUGAAUUACUUGUUCGUUUAUGUCAUUCAUGUGAUAAUGUUCGCAGUCGUUCAUGUUGGAAUCAAUCCGAUCGAAUAGAACUCUACGUUGUUAAUGAUAUCGGUCGCGAUGCCGAUGUACAUAUAUGGAAUAGUCGUAUUGUAAAUAAUUCGUUGAAUGGAGUUCGCACUGUCAAUAUACGUAGUCUUGUUGAAAUCAAUCAAACAUCGAUCAAUCAUAAUCAACGUCAUGGCCUUGAUAUUGAUUCAGGCGCAGGUGCCCUAUGGACCUAUCAUUCAAGUUUUAACUCCAAUAACGAAGAUGGCAUUCAUAUUAGUUAUGAUGGUGGUGAACGUCGUCUAUACUAUUCCGAUAUUUCAUUUAAUAAUCAACAUGGUAUUUCUGUACGGCUUGAAUCAGCACCAGCCGGUUCACAAUUAUCAUAUCUUCAAUUUCCAACAUAUGCUUAUCGUCAAAUAACUUUUAUCAAUGGCACAUCUAUUCGAUCGAAUGGUUUUUAUGGUUUAUGGCAACGUGCUACAUGCCAUCCAGCACUAUUCUAUAUAAAUGGUUCAUUAUUUGAACGUUCCGUUUAUGAUGCGAUUCGCUUUGAUGCCUGUCAGCAUGAAUGGCGCCCUCGAAAAGUUAUCGACUAUCAAUUUCGUUCUCCAAUGGCUCCGUUUGACAGUUUAUUGCCUCCACCACCACCGCCCAGUAUUAUCUAUCAAGCACCGAUUAACAUCUAUCCACAAUAUCCACCAUGGAUACCUGUUGCUUUAUUAUAUGCUAAUGAAACAGGCAACACCGUACUUAAUGUUAUGUGGAAUCGAUUUUUAAAUAAUAAACGAGUUGGUUUGCGUAUAAAUCCUGUGCAAAAUAUUCUUGGUGACAUAGCAAAUAAUUCUUUUAUUGGACAUGAGAAUGGAGCUUUGUUAAUUGUUGGUAAUAAAUCAAAUUGGAAUGAAGAUGUUUAUUUGCGUAAUGUUACAUUGAGAAUAUUGUUUAAUAAUUUUACAAAUAAUAACGGCAAGAAUUUUAUUGUUUCACUGGAUUUAAAUGAAUUAUCACCGUAUCAAACAAUAUUAUUUAUGUACAAUCGUUUGAUGAAUAAUAAUAUAACUUCAAAAACGAACCAAUUUUUAAAUGCACGUUCACGUAUGCCGGGUAUAUUAACUGUUGGAUCGAGUCAUAUUAGAAUAACAAGAAAUAUCUUUGGAAAUAAACAAAGUCAAUUUGAUAUUGUUAGUCAAUUGACAAAUUCGAGUGCAAUUAUUAGAGCCGAUAUGAACUUUUUUACAUCGAUUUAUCCACCGCCGGUUAGCGUGGAAAAAGUAUCACUCAAUCCAUAUGAAAGAAAUCAACAUCUACAGUCUGCGGUACAUAAGUAUCAAUUAUAUCAAAAUCAACAAAUUCCAUUACAACAAAAAGCUUCUAUACGUCGUAUACACAAUCGUACACGUCAUCGACGACAAGUACAACUUCAACCAGUUCCUCAAAUAAGUUAUAGUUACCUAUCCGAACCAUAUGACGUUCGGACAGAUUUUUUCCCACCGGAUUCUGCUUUUCAACGUCCCUAUGCAGUUCCUCAAACAGUUCAAUACUAUAUGCCAGACAAUCGAAAUGAAAUCUUAUCGGUUCCAUCGAUAAAUAAAUCUAUGCUUCUUUCGUCGACAAAUAAUGAUUGGCCAUACUAUGCUUCACCAGCAUCACAAAUUCCGUAUUACUAUUCACUUUAUUACGAUCGCCCGGAAUUAUGUUUUUCUCAAUGGCCAAAUAUUCGUGAAAGAAUAUUUGAUCAACAUAAUCGAUCUAAUCUAGCUCCGAUCAUAUGGUAUCCAUUUUUAUGUAGUGAUCGAAGCAUAACAACAGAACUUUGGCAUUGUCAAUUGCCGAACUGUGGUUUCGAAACAACGAGUUUUCGUAUUGAUCCAUUAACAUCAACGAUAGGUGGAAUUAUUGAUACUGACUAUAGUUUAUCUCCAGGUCGUUAUACGGUUACGAAUGAUAUUGUAAUUAAACCCGAUAAACGUUUAACUAUACAAAGCAGUCAAUUAGAAUUUUUAAAUGGCAUCGGAAUUUUCGUUCAUGGAGAAUUAAUUAUUCAAGGUGUUGAUGGUUCACCAACUCGUUUAGAUUUAUUUAAUAAUAAAUCUUCAACGAGUCUCUUAGUUAACCAACAAAAACAACAAGAACAAAGUCAACGUGAAGUUAUGUUAAUCGAUGGACCGACUAUUUACGAAGGUCGAUUAUUUGUUACCAGUCAAAAAGAUGGCUCCGGAACUGUAUGCGAUCACGGUUGGACAAAGGAAAACUCUAUACUUGUGUGUAUGUCAUUGGGUUUUAUACAUGAUCCAAACGAGAGUUUAUAUCCAAUGAUGAAUUUAAAUCACACGAUUAUCAACGAUCCAAUUAUAUGGAGUGAAGUUGCUUGUGACUUACAUCAUGAUGAAAAUCUUGAACAGUGCAGAAAAGAAACUGUACAUACAUGUGAUCAUAUAGACGAUGUUUGGAUUAAAUGUUUACCUUCGUCAUGGGCUGGUGUUCAUAUCUAUCCAACACAAAGUAAAACUCAUCUCGAAUUCGUUCAUUUCGAUUCCGCUGGUCAAUAUGAUGUUCACAAAGAUGAAAUACACGCAGGUUUACACAUCGAUUUACUUUCACAUCCGUGGAAUCUUUUAAAAAAUUUAACCUUUACAAAUAAUAUCAUUGGCUUACAAAUAAAUCAUAUUCAUCCUUUGAAUUAUGAUUAUUCAAUUAUUCAUCAUUCGUCAUUUCAACACAAUUAUUAUACUGGUGCUCUAUUACGUUCAAGUUUUUUUAAUUUUUCUCAUUGUACAUUUACACAUAAUAUCUAUUCGGCAAUGAAAUUCGAUGCGUCCUAUUCCUAUACUGAACUUGAACAAUUACGAAUUAAUCUUGCACGAACACAAACAACAGUUCAUUCACUUGAUUUAUUAUACGAUCAAUUUUAUGAACUUGAACGAAAUAAAUUUGCUUUUAUAACCACAUCCUUCGGUGGCUAUAACGCAGAAGAUAAUAUUGUUUUUAAUACAUUAAAUAUUCGUACAGAUCCAGCAUUUAUUCUUGUUAUUGACCUUAUCGAUUAUAAUCCGCUUUCGAAUUUAAAUGAACAAUUACUUAUAUGCGAAGUUGAAUGUCAUCAACGUCUUGGUCUGACACAAAGUUUAUCUUAUAAAAAAUGGUCAUUAGCAAACGAUCGAGAUCUAUUCCCAUUGAUAACAUCUUAUUCAAGUUUACAACUUCAUUAUCGUCUCUAUCGAUAUCGUUCAAGUCGUUUAACAUUUAUUAUCCAUAGUGUUCCGGCGCCGAUAUUUAUUCAGGGGAGAUUUCUAUCGGAUAUAUCAAUUCGAUUUCAUCGUUGCCUUUUCUCCUACAAUCACCAUGACAUCGUUCAUUAUUUGAAUGAUCGUGAAAAAACAAAUAAUCAAUACGCAUUAACCAAUCAAUUAAAAACUGAUAUUGAACGGUUAAUCGAACAAUUAUUAUUAGGUCCAAAUGCUGUAAAUAAUAAUGAUCCAUCAUUGAAUAUUAUUGAAGAAGACGAAAGACAUAAUCGUGAAGAAUUCAAACAAGAAGAACUCCUAGAUAAACAACUAAAUCGUCAAAUAACAACGAUUGAUAUAAAACGACGUUAUAAAAAUUCAACAAUACAAAUUGAUGAAUGUUUAUUUGAACUUAAUCAAAAUCGAAGUAUCUUAAUUGAACAUCAAUCGAAAAAGCUAGAUGCAAAUCAAGUUGAACAAAAUAUACGAUUUCUAAUGAAUGAAACUGUACAAGAAAGAAAACAAUUUAUUCCAAUACAAUUUACAUGUAGAAUUGAUAAAACUACUUUUAUUAAUAAUCGGCAAGUAAUCAAUCUUGAUGCUCAUCCAUUGAUAUUCUCCGAUCGUCUUAUUCGUUUUGAAAUAACAAACACAAAUUUUACUCACAAUCACGAUCUUUUAUUAAAUCUAACAUUUCCUCGUUUAUAUCCAUUCAACCGAACAAUUUUUGAUAGUCUCUCAAUAUGGCCUUAUAUUCCAACAGGUUCAAUUCAUACACGUUCACCAUUGAUCUAUUCAGUUCCAUCACACGGUGUUCGGAUCUAUAAAAAUAUGUUUCUUUCCAAUGAAUAUGGUUCAAUACGUUUAACUGGUUUUCAUGCAUCGUUUAAUUUAACUUAUUCACUAUUUGAAAAUAAUCUCAAUCAGCUAACAUCUCUAAUAGAUUUACGUCAAAUAGAAAAAGAUUUUCUUAUUAAUGAAAAUAUAUUUCUACGUAAUCAAGUUCAUAAUUUACUUUCAUUUGAUUUCAAUGGUCAUGCACCAUUUCAUCACAAUCUACUAUAUCAAUCAUCUAUAUUAUUCAAUCAAUUUGUUGACAAUAAACCAUCACUGUUUACGAAAUAUCCCCAUUUACCAUCGUCGUGUAUAACUUUAAUUGGUUCACACAAUGUUACAAUACAAAGAAAUUUAUUUGAAAAUAUUCACUAUAAUUACGAAUUAAUUGCUGCACUUGUAACCGAUACAAUAAAUACAACAUUGGAUGCAACUAUCAAUUGGUGGGGUUCAGAUGUUGGUCAAGCUAUACAAAAUCGAAUUUUAGAUUUUACAAAACGUUCAGAUCAUGCCUAUGUAAAAUGGAAUCCAUUUCUUGCUUGUAGAGAAUUAACAUGUGCACAAAUUCAAUUGCCUAUACAAACAAUUUUACAGAUGAAUAGACCUUUGAGAGGCUUGAUCACAUCGAAUACUAUCAUACAUCGACGACGAGAACCUUAUUUAAUCAACGGUGAUUUGACUGUUUUGCCUGGAGCAAUAUUAACUAUUGAACCUGGUGUUGAACUUCAUUUUGCACCUAAUACGGGUCUAUUAGUUUUAGGAAAUUUAAACGCAAGUGGUACACCAAAAGAUCCCAUUGUGAUGAGAUUAGCAAAUAAAGAGUUUGUCAAUGAACAAAUUGCCAAUGGACACAAUCCUUAUCAAUAUCAUUUUACAGAUGAAGUUCCAUUUUCAAAAUAUAAGUUUAAUCCUCUCAUCGAUCGUUUACAAAUUCGUCUGGAUAUUGGUCGAACUGCUAAUGAAGGUUUUCUUCAAAUUUACAAUUGGACACGUCGCGAUUGGUCUUACGUUUGCCACGAUACAUUUCGUCAAUUAUUUUCUUACCGUUUAAUAUGUCAUCAACUUGGUUUACCAUGGAGAAAUGUUCUCGCUCAUCCGGAUUCAUUCUAUUUAUUUGAUUAUCAAAAAUUACCACUCUGGCAAGAAACAAUUGAUUGUUCAGGCAAUGAAGCAGCAAUAUCAUCAUGCUCGUUUACAACUGAAAAUAAUAAUACUUGUUCGAAAUUAUUCUAUAUAUCCUGUUAUGAUGAUAAUCUUCUUUAUACAGUAAAUUCAAAUGUUCAACCUGAUUUUUCAAUUAAUCUUGGUGGAUAUCCAUUACCACAUUCAUCACCAACUUAUGAAAGUCCACAAUCCUGGAAUGGUAUUCGUUUUGCUAAUAGCGAAUAUGAAGAAGAUCUAUCGUCCUUAGAUUAUACGAAACAUGAUCAAUCUUUGCUUCGUUAUGUUUUAAUAUCUGAAACAAGUGAUUAUCAACCAGCUAUACAAACAGUUUACCGAACGCCAGCCAUUGAACGUAUACAUAUUGAACAUAGUCGCCAUAUUGGCUUUGAAUUUCUUCUACCUAAACAAUCAAUUUUAUUUGGUUAUAGUCGAAUCACGAAUUCAUUAGAUUUAGCUGUGAAUGGUCUUGUUUAUUAUGGACAAUCGACUCAUGAAAAAUCAACAUUCGAUUUAUUAUACGAACAAAAUAUCAAUGGAAAACCAUUUAGUUUAUUGGAUAUUUGUAAUGCACAUCGAAUUGUUAAUAUUAAAUAUCGUUUGAUCACCUAUUAUAAAUAUGGAUAUGAUUAUCAAACAUGUUCGAAAUUAUUUUGUUCAAAUAAUCCAUAUAAAAUUGGAAUAAGAUUUUUUCAAGCUAAUUUAUUGAAUAGUACAUAUCAAAAUGAUUGGAUUGAAAUUCAUCGUGUUACAAACGAUGAAAAUGGUCAUGAGAAAAACGAAUUAUUAACCUAUUUAACAAAUGGUUCAAGUGAUGCAGCAUGGAAACAUUUGUAUAGCAUUGGAAAAGGCUGUUUAAGAGUCACAAUCUACGCAUCGAGUGGAAGCAAAGCGCAUGGUUUUACAGCGGAAGUGACACUCUAUCCUGUAACACCAUUUUCUACACGAGAAAUUGUGCAUCAAAUAUCGGAUAACGUCUUUUUGGGCAAUCAACAAGGUGUAUUAAAAUAUACAUCGGCAGGCGAACGAUCGGCGAAUCUUUACUUUCAAUCGAAUACACUUCUUUUCAACGGUUAUUAUCGAUACAAUUCUUCAUCCCCGCCAAUAAAUUCAUUUCUUUUUCAAAAUGCGCAACGAUUUUACUUUGGAAAUAAUUGGCUAAGCAGAAAUUUAGGUGGGACAUAUAUACAAUGUUAUAGUCAAUCGUUAUCAUCGAUAUUUAACGGUUAUCUUUUUAAUAAUGUUUUCUAUCGAAAUAGAAAUGAUUCAGUUCUUGCUUUUAAUGGCAUGGAAAUGUCAGCAUUUUGCAAUUUAUUUGCUAUUCAAAAUGCUAUUAUGUUCAAUGAUGCAUAUGAUAGAGAUAUAAUUCGUUUCGAUUCAGUAGUGGCUAAUUUCAGUCGUAAUCAAGUCUAUAAUAAUACUGGUGUUAAUAUUCUAUCAAUGGUUGGCUUUGAAAAAAUAACUGCGCCGUUUCCAGCAGUAGAAAUGAAUUCAUUUCGAAACAAUCGUGCUGUUGGUCAACUAAAUCAACAAUUAUUUGACCGAACGGGUGCUGUUAUUGAAAUCGGAAAUCCAAGACAAAUUUAUAUGUUUAAUACAUUCGAUAAUUGGGAUAGUCGAUAUGAAGUUCGAACACGGUCACGUCUUUUUGAACCAAAUCGAUUAGAAUCUCGUUCAGUGAAUGCUUCAUCAAAUUUCUGGGGACGUAUUGGUGAUGUGGAUGAUAUUGGUGCACGUAUCUAUGAUAAAUUUGAUAAUAAAACAUUAAUAGAAGUUAAUUAUUAUCCACCUUAUCUUGAUUCAACUCGGCUUCGACAAGGUAAAUGUGACCCGGGCUGGACGCUGGAUGAUACCUUAUGUUAUUUUUAUUUCGGCGCAAUAACAACUUAUCGUAUUGCACAAGAAAUGUGUUCGAGUGUCGACAGCCGAAUAACACGACGUGAUACACCAUUGAAUCGUCUUGUUAUUCUACGUUCAUUAGUACGAACAUCACAAUAUCAAGGUAUUAAUAGUGAUGCUGUACCAUCGUCGGGUAUUUGGCUGAGAAAAGAUAAUAGUGAAUUUUGCCGAAUAUUUAAUGAUAUGGAAACAAUGGAUGUUAGUUGUAGUUCAACAGCUGGAUUUAUCUGUGAAAAAGAACAACAAUUUGAUGGUGCAAAAUUAAUCAUUCGUGGCGACGUAUUAUUAGCUAUCGUUGGUAUAAUUUUAAUGCUUAUAUUAAUACUAUUAUUUAUUUGCUGUUGGUGUUGUAAAUCGCGUCAACGUCGUAAAGAUAAUUUUCAACGACAAAAUUCUCUUCGUCGUAGUGUUAAACAUGAAAUAAAUAAACAAUCGACAUUAUCAUUACAUAAAAGUAAUGAUAAUACAUUAGUCAAAAGUGCAACAUUGUCAACGUUAACCAAUGGUACAACAAAUAAACUGCCGCUAUCAUCUCUAUCAUUAUCAAGUCGUCCAUUGAGUAGUGUAACAAUGAAUUCAGAUAAUGAUCUAUCAACAGCAUCGCCGGUUCAUCAUGAUUUUUCAAUAUUGAAAUUAAAUCAUAAUAUACCAAAAGCAUCAACACCAGCUUUAAGUGACGAUGCUGGUUCACAACGAGCACUCGUGCUUAAUUCUCAUACAGAUCAAUCGAGUGUCUAUUCAACAGCAACAGCAGAUUCGGCAACAUUAUAUCGAAGUCGACGACGAUUUGAACGUAUACAAACGCCUACAGUUCCACCGUCAGCGCCACCAGUUACCCAUCGACGCUCAUUACGAAAUGUUAAUCAACAAGAUUCUUUAGCCAGUGUAUCCACAGGUUCAGUUUCUCCGCCACCUGCCUAUGUAUCACCAGCACAUCAACCACGUCGUUAUCGCUCGGAUCAAUUACAACUAUUGACACCGAAUAAUAAUAAAAAAACCUAUGCCAUUGGUAUACAAGUCGAUUCACAUUCACAAGCGAGUAGUCGUAGCAGUACACGAAAUGAACCACCGCCACCGCUUGAAACUGAUAUUUAA